ACCUAUUUUCAAAAUAACAGGAAAUAGCAGUGAAUGCGGAAGACGAAAGAUGGAGGCGGCUGUGUUCAUUCUAUCGCUGGUCGACUGCUGUGCUUUGAUUUUUCUGGCUGUGUACUUCAUAAUUACCCUCUCCGAUCUAGAGUGUGACUACAUCAAUGCACGAGCCUGCUGUUCGAAGUUAAACAGAUGGGUUGUACCAGAGCUGGUAGGCCAGGCCCUGGCAACAGUGCUGAUGCUCGUCUCGCUGCACUGGUUUGUCUUCCUACUCAACCUGCCUGUGGCCACCUGGAACAUGUACAGGGUUUGGAAGGUGCCCAUGGGAAACAUGGGGGUGUUUGACCCCACUGAGAUCCACAACCGGGGACAACUAAAGUCUCACAUGAAAGAGUCCAUGAUCAAACUCGGCUUCCACCUGCUCUGCUUCUUCAUCUACCUGUACAGCAUGAUCCUGGCACUGAUCAACGAUUGAGAUCCCCAUGGCUGUUUUAAUCCAAUUGGCCAAAUCACAAACUAAUCAGUAUGUGGUGUUCAAUAUGUCCUGGUCCUCAGUCCUCUGCUCAGCUGGAGUCACAUGACCUUACACCCCCCCCCCCCUCCUUCUGUGUUCUCAUAACUGCCCUGGAAUUGUGUGCGCGCUCGCUUGUGCACGUGGGUAUGUGUGUGUUCUUUCGUUCAGCCUGUGUCCAACAAUGCUGUCCAUGCACUGCUUCUCUGGGCAGAUGGAAAACAUGACAAUCGUACAGGUGCAUACGAUUUAGCAUUUACAGCCAAGAGCCAAUCACAACAGCUAGAACAUCCUCUUGCAGCAUGGCGAAUGCCAUAUUUGAUUGUCCAUUUUUUUAUUUUUUUAUCUUGUCAACAUGCUGGAAAAUCCUUGAAUUGAAUAUCCUUUGCAGAAUACUAACCUGCGUUUUGGCGAUCUAGUUCUAUUAUAUUUUCUUGCAGUCUCUCUUAACAUCAAUAAGUUAUAGAUCUGACAUCCCCUGACUGCUGAAAGGUGCACAUUUGAUUGGUAUUAUAAAACAAAAAGUGUUCUCAGGGGAAUACAUGCAGCUGAAUUGGAAAAUGGUUUUAUCACUCUGACUGUGUAUCAAUGGGCAAUAUAACCUUGGGCUCGAUUCAAUCCAUAGCGCUGAAGCGCAAUUUAAUUUAAGGCCAUUUCCAAUUGAGCUGACAUGGAACAUUGUCUUUUAAAUUUGUAUCGCGCUUCAGAUUGAAUCAAAGCCCUCGUCUGUAUGAUAGUUGUAUUACAUGUAUGACAGAAGCACAUUUAUUACACAUCACUAUGUAUGUCAAUGUGAACACUUUAUUUGUACAGUUUGAGAAUGACCAUGUUCCAGCCAAAUGUACUCCAUGGGGAAGGGUGCGUGUUUCCGAUUGUUUAACUCAGACUAAAAUGACUGUCAAGUUUCAUUUUUGCUUUUGAAAAUAAUUUGUGGGGUUUCUUAAAUAAAUAAACUUGAAAGAGAACA